CACAAUCAAUUAACCAAGUAUUUUCUAUACCACAAUCCGUCUAUCUGCACCGGCAAAACGCAUCCGGCCGUCUUCGACCAAUCUUUGCGACACGACUCUCAUUAGCCACGCGUAGGCAAAGAAGGUGAGUGGUUCAUGAACAGUGGAAACCUAAGUCGUGGGCGGUCAUGGCCGUCACGGACAUCUUUAACGUCCUCGGGGAAGAGGAUACAGAAGGAGAUGGCAGAACUUAACACGGACCCACCUGCUGACUGCUCUGCUGGGCCGAAAGGCGAUAACCUUUAUCAUUGGGUUGCUACACUCUUUGGUCCGCAAGGAACACCUUACGAAGGAGGUAUAUACUUUCUUGACAUAACUUUUCCCCCGAAUUAUCCUUUCAAGCCUCCAAAGGUUGUUUUUAAAACACGAAUAUAUCAUUGCAAUGUUGAUUCAAGCGGCAAUGUUAGCUUGGAUAUCCUGGAUGAAAACACUUGGAGUCCAGCAUUAACAAUUUCAAGGGUUCUACUUGCUUUGAGAUCUAUCUUCACCAACCCUAACCCAUAUAAGCCCCAGGUGUCGGGAAUCGCACGCUUGUUCCUGGUAGAUAGAAAUAAAUAUGAUGCACUAGCUGCUGAAUGGAAUCAAAGAUUUGCAAAGUAGUAGUUGAACAUUUGGGAAACCAAAUGGUUGUAUGUUGUCUUGAUUCUAUAUUGUUUGUAGGAAUCUAUAUUUAUGAGUAUAGGUGCUGUAUGUUAUCUUAGUUCAUAAUGUCUGUAGAAAUCAAUAUUAUGUGCCAACUUUGAAAGAAUAAAUAUAUCGGUGCGUUUUUACAA